AUGUCAUCUUCACGACCUUCAGAAGGAGCGCAACUUCUUCCCUUCUCCACACUUCUCAAUCAUUAUUACACAUUGCAUCCUUCUUCCUCAUGGAAUCAUCACAACAACAGAAUGAUGAUGAUGGAACAUGAAAUUCCGUCAUUCAUUCAAUAUCUAUGGACUUCAUUGGUUGAAAUUUCUGCAAAUUCAACAACAACGAAUAAUAAUAAUACAGCAGUCGUUCCUGUUGCUCAAUUCGUUGGUGAAAUAUCCAUUACUAUUCUUCAAUUGCUUUCGUUUGUGGUAUUACUUGUAUUUGUAUUAAUCUUGUUGACAUGUUUCACACGAGAAUCCAAAACCAAAACCAACAACAACACAUUGAAUCCUUCCAAAUCAGCGAAAGGUCAACAACAACAACCGAAUUCACAUCGAAAUGACAAUGAUUUAUUGAGAAGAGCUCAUCAUCAACGAUUUGUUGCUCAACAUCAACAUGGAUCAACACAAAAUUGUUCGGAUUCAACGCUAGCGAGUGUUGGCGAUCAUGAAUCCAUUUCUCCACCCAAUUCUCCCAAUUUAUCUACUACCACAAGUAGUAUUAAUUCUCCUUUCAUGGUUCAAAAUCAUGCUUCAUCAUCAUCAUUGAAUUCACAAAAUGCAAAAUUUGUAAAUGAAUCUCCAAAUUUAACAACCAACAUUUCACAACCUAUGAAAAGAAAGGUUUCGAAAAAUAAGGUCAUUCUCUUCUCACUCAUGCUUCCAAGUGUUGUUAUUUUAAUUUUAUUGUUUGGUGUCAGAAUUUUGACAAUGGGAGCGUUUCCUGUGGAUACAUUUCUAGUUGAGGAGAAACCAUUGCAUGUGAGGGUGUUGAAUGGAUUGGUGUAUUGUGGAUGGGCUUUGAAUGAUUUAAUGUUGGUGGUGCAGUUUUUGUUUAUUUCAUACAUCUUUUUGCAAACUUCAAGAAAACUCAAGUACAUUUCACAACGAGUGUAUAAGGUUCUAGUAAUUUCCAUGAUCAUCACUCCUGUCAUCUUGUCAUGUUCCGUUUUAGGAUACGUUAUUGCAGUCAUGACAGAUCAAAUUACAAAACCUCAACAAGCAGAUGGAAGUGCGGCCAAUGUCAGACCAGCUCUCAUUUUCUUUUAUUCCAUCUCUACCAUUAUUUUCAUUGGCUCUUUGUUCGUUGCUUUGAGUUAUGUCAUUUGGACCACAGUUCAAUUAGUGCGACACUUGACAGCUGCCAGCAUUGGAGCUGGAAUGCAAUUACAACAAACCACACGAACAGCCGUUCGAAAAGUGGUCGUAAUUGUGACUCUUGUUUCAGUCAUUGCUGUGUUUAUGUGUAUUAUGGAAUUGAUUGCCUUAAUUGGAGAAUUGUCCAACGUUUCCGUAUACUUUGCUGUCAUUUCUUUGAUCGGAAAAGCAUUAGCGACAUGGAUUUACAUUGCUGGUUUGUGUUUACUAUUUGGCCCAUUGAGUAGUUUAAAGAAAUAUGUGAAGGAUAUUUUCAAUCAUGCCAAUGAAAAGAAUUCCAUGGAAGCUCUAAUGAUGCAUAUUAAUAAUGAUAGUGGUGCUGCUGCUUCUGGUAUUAGCACAGACAGAACACAUGAUUCAGAAGAAGAUCCACAAUUCAAAGGCUCAAACAUGAUGGAUCAGUCGCAAUUGUCAGACAUGGAAUCUCCUUCCAACAACACACAAAUUCUUGACCACACAACACCAUCAGCUGUGAAUACUACAAUGGUUCAUGACGAGAAUGAGAAUGCGAUAGGGAAACCACAACAAGAAUCAAUACCUACACAGCAAGAGCCAUCAUCUGCCUUAAUGGUUUAA